AAUUUACUUACUUCAAUGCUUUCAAAGAAAAUGGUGAAGAGGAUAUUUUUGACAUCGAUCAAGUUUCCUUUGCAAGUGCCCGAGUCUUGCUAAAUGAUGAUGACAAUGACGUAGACUGGACUGAAAUUGAAGUUGAAGAUUCUGACCUUUAUGAAUCUUUUUUGACGAUGCAUGAUCAUUGCGAUGAUACAAGUGAUGCUCUAAGAGAUAUCAGAAAAUGGUUAAUAUCAAUAGCAGAGUCAAGUGAUCUAAAUCUGCAAGAAGGACUCCUUGCACUGAUAACUCCAACACUAAUCAUUCUUAACAAAGCAGACCAAAACUCACCGGAAAUCGAAACGACAAAUCUCCCAAGCAAGUUAAUUGUUAGAAUAGCAUUAAAAAUGGGAAAAGAUAAAGCAAUGAAGGAAAGAACUUAUGUAAUAACUCCGGAAAAGGCUUCGAAGAUGGUCGGAGACCAGAAUUCCGUCAAUCAACCACUGUUCGGGGAAUCCUCAAUCACCAACAAUCUUCUAGUGAUAUAUGAGACUAUUUUGAAUACAAUGUUAGAAACUCGUAUAAAUAACUUUGGUAUGGAAGAUGUGCAUUCAGAAAUCAUCAAACAAGUACCUGUAGUUCGUAAUACUUUACCAACAAAUGUCGUGAUAUUGAAACCUGGUGAUCCACCCAAUUGUAAUGAAAAUGUUUAUGCAGCAUGCGAAAUAUACUGUGGUGAUUUACCUCGUGGUGACCGUUUAUAUAUUGCAUGUGACCAGGCAAUUUUUGCAAG